AUGUGCAAGCACAUCCUCAACGCCCAGGUGGCGAUCCGGUCACCAUGCUGCAAAAAAUGGUUCGACUGCGCCGAAUGCCACCACGAGCAGGAAAAGCACCCCCUACAAGAGUCCCUCGAGAUGACGUUCGCGUGCAAGAAGUGCCGCAAGUGCUUCCGCAAGGACGCGCAGGAGUUCGAGGAGGCCGACGAGUACUGCCCGCACUGCGACAACCACUUCGUCUUAGAAGCCGUGACGCCCAAGCCGUCGCUGCGCGUCGAGGGCGAGGACGCGCGCGUCGACAACCGCAUGCUGCGCGACGAGCGCGUGGCCCCCACCAAGAAGGGGGGUGCGGGGGGCGGCGGCGAGGGCCCUUUUGCGGGGCGGACGAUUUUUGAUGUUCAGGCUGAGGCGGAUAAGUUGGGUUGA